UGUGGUCCGUGCCUCUACCACUCCCAUCGCCUUCCUCUUUACAGUCACAGGGCAGCUGCAUCAUCCUUGGACCCAUGGGGACCCGACAUUGCUUCUAAAGAACCUGCAAAAUAAAUACAUCAUGAAAAAGGGGCUGGCCGCCAGUCCCCGGAGAGCCUUGCAGCAGGCGGACAAUGCACCAGGCUGGUCACCAUCCCUGGCCUUCUCCAGCUGUGAACGGCUCAGCAGGGCAGGAGCCCCAGAGGCAACUCCCAGAGGUGCUGGGUGGGGCCUGGGAAGCACCGAGAGGGGAUGGGCUGCCUCUGCUCACUGUCAUUGUUGCUGCCUUUGUCCUGCUGGCAGUCUGUAUCGUGGUGGCAGUCCACUUUGGGCCAAGACUACAUCAGGGCCGUGCCACUCUCCCCACAGAGCCACCAGCCCCAAAGCCAGAAGGCGGCAUCCAUCUCAUCCACUGGCGAGUGUUGGGCCCCCAGGACAGUCAUGAAGAAGCCCCACGGGAACCUCCUGUCCCUGGCUCCUGCCCUGUGCCAGAGUGGCCUAGGCUCAGCGUUGAUGAAGUCACAUGUCUGUAGGAGGGAGACUUUGAAAAGUUGGACUGACCUGGCUCAGAACAAGAAACCGGACGGAGAAUUAGGGCAAAAGCAGAUUGGAGCCUGGACAUCAGAGCUUUGGAAACGCACACAUGGACUCAGCUGGAGCUGUUCUCUCUGCAGAAUAUUUAUAGAGAAAGUGCUGAUGUGGACAGGAGAAAUAAAAGAAGCUUGAGGGCUUUGCCUGGAAACAUGCUCCUGUGAGCAUUCCCAGGGCCCAAAGCUGCCCUUACAAAGCUACACCCUGCUUUUCAGGGACCAUCGGAUCCCUGACUCUCCUUUACCAAGUCCUUACCUCCUCCUCUCACCUCUAAUCUCCUUUUCUUCUGGUGUCAACGUGAGUCCAGUUUGCAAGAUUCCCCCACCCUCCCCAUCCCAGUGUAGGGAUCUCAGAGUCCCCCUGUAGAGGUCCUGCCCCCCGAAGCCCCCAGGUCCCGUGAGGGCUAGUCAGGGAGAGCCAAGGCAAAGAACCCAGGGGUCUGCCUUCUCUGGUAUUCAGGAAGAGAAGGAAAAUCUGUUGUCCUGCACCAAUUGAAAGACAUCCUUUUGGCUGUUGGGGCCUAUGCCUCGUCAGCAACUUCCAAGGCCCUUGUAAAGCCCCACGCACCAAUUACAGCUCCCCACGUUGCUUUUGAAUGCCUCCUACUAUGUUGGGGCAAGACUUUGUCUUGCCUUCCCAGGAUGGGUUGGGGGGAAUUUGGGGGUUCUCAUUACCUCCCCUUUUUUUGUGUGUGUGGGCCGGUGGGACCCAGAUGAGAACUUAUUCCCAACAUUUCCCAAUUCAGAACCUUCCGGCUGGUGGGAAAACAAGAAAGGAAAAGGAAUUCCGUGCAGCUUGUCUAAGGAAAAGGAGUGAGAAGAGGAUUUGCAGGGCGGGUGGGCAUGAAGGUAAGAUGCAGGAAGGCAGAGCUGAGCCUCCGGCUGGCUCUCUGGAAAGGCAGCCUUUCUCUGACACCUCUGCACCUCACUGAUGUGCAGUUGAGAACGUGCGGAUAGGCAUUUACGGCGGGACCUCUGGGUUCCUUACCCUGGGGAACACCUGAGGACAACAGACGCACCCUGGUACUGCCCUUGGUGAGACCCUGGCACAGUCAGGAAGGCGAGGAUAACAGACAAUGAAAAGGAACAGAAGUAGAGAUUGUAAUGUGUACAGAGGACUGGCCUGCCUCCUUUGGGACUGGUGAGAGGCAACUAUAAUGUCCAUGGCUGCUCCCUCUUGUGGUCCAGCUCUAGGCCGGAUCUGUGGACCUGUGGCUAUUAUACCAUUCGCUCCUCAUAACAACCUUGGGAGGAGGAGCCCCUGCUAUCCCCAUGUUACAGGGGAGGGUAUGGAGAUCCCCAGGUGGAUGUGGGUGCUGAGUGGUGAAGUCAGGAUUUGAACCUGAGCUGUCAGACUCUGCAGCCUAAGUGCCGAAUCGAGGGCUAGAUGCGGGGGGGGGGGUGUCAUUUUGGGAAGGCCCUUGAUUCUGCCCUGGCAUCUAGGUACUCGAAUGAUGGAUGUAAUGUUGGAGGAGCCUCAGGCCUUGGGGGCAGAAUGGUUGGGACAGCUGUGAAGAAGAGGGGAUUGUGUCUCCCUUUAGUCCUUAGAAUCUGGCAUCCUUGGGAGCAGUUGGCUCCUCCUGGCAAAUGUCUGUUGAGCCUUCCUCCGCAGUGAUGCUGUACUCGUGUUGUGCAUUUGUGACAAAAACAGAGGUGAGGGGCUGGCUGGCUCAGUCGAUAGAGCAUCCAACCCUUGAUCUCGGGGUUGUGAGUUCAAGCCCCAUGUUGAGUGUAGAGAUGACUUUAAAAAAUUCAAACCAAACCAAACCAAACCAGAGGUGGGAGGCAGGGAACAAGUGCUGGGUGGAACAGAUGGAACUGGUAGAAAUGGGCCUCCUGCCCUCCCAGGUAGGGGAGGUUUGCCACGGCAGUGUGGUUGUAAUGGCUUGGUUCUAACAGUGACAGCUUAAGACACUGAGGGGCCUGGCUGUGUUGUCCAAGGUCUCCCAGAGUACAUCCUGUCUCCUCACACGAACCCUCUUCUCACCCCCACCCCCCUUAUCCUCUUAUCCCUUAUCUAUCAUCCGGGGACAUUCAUCCAGUGGCCGCUGCUCCUUUGAGUAGCCCCUUGCCCUAGAUGCAGCUGUGUCCCCCUCAUGGCAUCGGCGUGCCUGCUCAGGCCGCUCCGUAGUCCCCAAGCCUCUCACUGGAGACAAGGGCCCUGAAAGAGCAGACAGACCAUGGGGCACGCCACCCUCUAUGCCCGCAGCCCUGGGCUCUAUCCACAGUGAGACCAUCCCCACCGCACUGCCCUGUCCUAGUAUAAGGAGGGACCUAAGGAAGCAUGUCUGUGCAAGUGGAUUUGCACAUUCCAGAUAAUAAAUGCUAGUCACUUGUGUCAGUCAGAGUCCAGCCAGAGAAAAAUGGCACACUCAAAUAGGUCAUCUGAGGAGUGUUGGAAAAGGGGGCUGUUUAGGGGCACCUGGGUGGCUCAGUCAGUCGAGCGUCUGACUCUUUUUUUUUUUUUAAAGAUUUUAUUGAUUUAUUUGCCAGAGAGAGAGGGGGAGAGAGCACAAG